AUGCCUGCGGGGUGCGCCCGGGGCCCCGCUGCCGCAGCCGCUGCCGGAGACCGGAGAUUGCGGCUGGCCCGGCUGUUGCUCGUUCUCCUGGGCUGGAUCUCCUCUUCUACCAGCACUUCCUCAUCGUCUCCCUCGUCUUCCUCAACCUCUUCGUCUUCUCUAUCCUCCUCCGUGUCUGCUAAGCCGCCGCCUCCUGGCCACUGCCCAGCGCCCUGCGAGUGCUCCGAGGCGGCCCGGACGGUCAAGUGUGUGAAUAAGAAUCUGACCCAAGUGCCGGGGGACCUGCCCCGCUACGUGCGCACCCUCUUCUUCACCGGCAAUCAUCUGGCAGUGCUCCCCGCCGGCGCCUUCGCCUCUCGCCCUCCUCUGGCCGAGUUGGCCGCGCUCAACCUCAGUGGCAGCCACUUGCAAAAUGUGAGCUUUGACGCCUUUGAGCACCUGCCCAGCCUGCGCCAACUGGAUCUCAGCCACAACCCGCUGGUAGUCCUCAGCCCCUUCUCCCUUUCUGGUGGUGGCGGCAGCGGCAAUGCCAGCGGCUUGGAUCGGAGUCCCCUCGUGGAGCUGUACCUGAACAACAUCCUGCCACCCGGUUACUCGGACCUCCAGAAUCUGAGUUUCAGUGGCAUGGUGGAGGUGCUGCAAAGUAGAGGUGCUCUGCGCAACCUGGUCCGUCUGGAGCUGUCUGGCAACAACUUCAUUUCCCUGCCCCAGGAAAUGUUCUCUGCUCUGCCCAAGCUCAAGCACCUGGACCUCCACAACAACUCCCUGGUGGGUCUGGGCAACCUGGCCUUGGGCAACCUAACGCAACUGGAAACCCUCGACCUCGGGAACAACGCACUCAAGGCCUUGUACAACGCUACCUUGGUCCAGCUGCAGGCUCUGCCCAAUCUGAGGGUCAACCUAGACAGCAACCCCUGGCGCUGUAGCUGCGAACUGGCCGAUAUGGUGGCCUGGCUCAAGGAAACCAACAUAGUGGAAGGCAAAACUACCCUCUCCUGCUUCUUCCCAGAGAAAAUGAGGAACCGUCCCCUGGUGAAACUCAACAGCUCUGACCUGGACUGUGGCCCUCCACCCCUAGUAGACCCUUUGCAGACUUCUUAUGUCUUUCUAGGGAUAGUUUUAGCCCUCAUUGGAGCAAUUUUCUUACUGGUUUUGUAUUUGAACCGCAAAGGCAUAAAAAAGUGGCUAUAUAACAUCAGAGAUGCCUGCAGGGAUCACAUGGAAGGUUAUCACUACAGAUAUGAAAUCAAUGCGGACCCCAGGUUAACAAAUCUCAGCUCUAAUUCAGAUGUCUAAGAAAUGUGAAGAAAGCAGAGCAUUGACAACAGCUAUGCAUGAGUUGUAGACUUAAGCUUUACAGCACCCUAGGCUUGCUUCCCCUCCACCCUUCACUAUAGAAACUACAAACUUUGAUGGAAAGCCAUGCAGGAACUCUGCUUCCAUGUUACAUGUAGCAUUCUCUGGUGUUUUCUGUUAACCUAAGACACUGGACAAUUGCACAUAGUAUUGACUGUACAGAAAGAGACUUGCUGUCUCCCUACUCCCACCCACUCUCCACCUGUUUUUGGAACUUUGUCCGAACUUGUUUGGAGGGAUUUUUCAAGUUUCAUCCUGACUGAGGACUUCUUGCAGUCUGGUUUUCUCACCGUACAGUGCAAGGUGUAGCAAUUGUACAUACCAUUCAACAAAAGCUGCCUCAACUUGUUUGAGAACCUAUUUUAUUUGUCAAUGCUGGUUUUAUUCUUGUGUACCUAAAUUGCAGAGAAAACAAUUUCUUUCCAUAAACUGCCUGCAGUCUAGAAAGCUUUUUUUUUUCUUCUUCAGUAGUGCACAGAGGAGCAAACAAUUAGAGAGCAUGCAUGCCUACAGUAACUGUUCUGCAUAUUACAAAAGAUAACU